UACGAAACAAACAAACACACAAACUUAAUGUUAAUCUAAUAUAUUACAUUAUAUUCAUAUUUAUGAAUAUAUUCGUGUCAAUAUGCCGCCAGUUUAAGUGCCCUGUUUGAUAGAGGAUCGUUGACCUGUGCUAGAUUUCGGUUUAUUUAUUUGUGCUGGUACAAACAGAAUCAGUUUGGGGCCUAGUGUUGUCGCCGAAGGAUUCCUAACUUAAUACCACAAUGCUGAGAUACCUGUUACUGAUCGCAAUAUCGUCAGUGGCAUCAGAACCGUGUGCCUACGUGUACGACGGCCAAAACUACGAGAGGACCGCCAUUUUGACCAUAAAGGGCCUGCCCACCAACCUCGCCAUCAACCCAAAUAAUAAAGACAUAUUCUUCACUCUAAUUGACCUAGAUUCUCUCCACAAUGAUGAUGAGCAGACCAAAAUGGACCAGUACUUCCUAAGAAACGGAAUGCCCAUGAAAAUCGACAAUGUCCACGGUCAAGCGGCUGCGGUAGACGCUAAAAACAACAAGGUUUAUAUAGCUAGCGAUGAUGGCUUGAAUGUAUUGAACAAAACUGAUAAGGCACACUUCUUGAGCCUCAAAGACGAAGAUAUUGUCAUGCUGUACAAACCAGAGCACAAUGAUGAGCUAUACGCAGUCAUUUACCCUGACAAUGAGGUGUACAGUAUCAAUUUGAAGAAAAACGAGAAAAAAAAGAUUGACAAUAUACCCUGUGCCUUCAUUUUAGCUGUAGAUUCUGAUGAUAAUAUUUAUUAUGAAUGUAAUGCUAAGUAUGUUAAGGUUCUGUUGAAAGAUUUUCAGGAGCCUAUUGAAUUUGCUGGUAUUGGAAGAAACACAGCUAGAGCGAUGACGGUAGAUGGUAAUAACAGGGUAGUUUUGGCAGCAAAUGAUGGGCUAUACCAAUUGAGACCCGACUCGAUGAUUCCAAGGAAGCUGAUGAAUCUGGACUUUAUUCCAUCAGGAAUAACGUUUGAUGGGGACGACAUGUAUUUAGCAAGCAAUGGGGUAAUCUAUAAGUACAGUGCGGAUGAGUGCGAAUAGGCGAAUAAAGACUGAUUUUAGAAACUAA